AUGGGUCAGAGCCUCAUCGGCAAAAUUCAGGCCAAGCUGGAGCUCUUCCGCCUCGAGAAGCGAUAUACCCGUCGUCGCAACCGCCGAUGCACCUUCCAGUCCAACGCAAUCUACGUCGACGGCGAAUACGUUUAUCAAACCCCGAAUACCACGGGCUCGUCCGCCGAGUCCAGCCACGCGCACGUAGAUGCACUCCACGGUGAAAUGGUGUCGCCCGCCAAGAACGUACCCGUCAAUACCUUUCCCGCGACGUCCCGCCCGCAAAUGGCGGUGCCUGAAGGCAAAAGAUUGAACCGAUUAAGCUCCAUUCCCAGCCUCGGCAGUGUUUUUGGGUCCAAGGAAAGACCGCGAGUUGUCGAGCGAUGCACCAGCAUGAUCAGAUGA